AUGUCCUUAGCCAAUGUUGACAAGACAGUCUUUUACAAGACCAUACCAUUCAUCUCACCAAACAAGCUGUCUUACUCAUCACUGCCCAAGGCCGCCCAAGAGAACCACCAGACCACACUCAAGGAAUCUAAGAACCACACAAUGGUAAAGAAGAUAUACCACAAGAAGAAUGUUCAUAGUUGGCGCGACUUGAUGGCCGAGCAGAACCUCUCCACGCUCGCCCAUGUCCUCUCAAGCCGCCCAACACACCAUCCCAUCUCAUUCCAUCUGCAUCUCACCCAUCCCACCUCACCACACUUGCAUUCCAUCACUACCAUCAUUCCACUGCAUUCACCAUUCUUCAAGUAA